CCCUUCCUCUCGGCGCUGGAUUGGUUGCGCCUACUAGAAACCCAGUGUUGUUGUCGGAGGCAAAAUGGCGGCGGCGGUGGCCGGGGCCGCCCUGCUGGGCAAGGGGCUGGACAUCAGCCUGGCGGCGCUGCAGCAGCACGACCCCUACAUCAGCAGCAUCGUGGACGUGGCCAGCCAGGUGGCGCUCUACACCUUCGGGCACCGCGCCAACGAGUGGGAGAAGACUGAUGUGGAGGGAACACUGUUUGUUUACACAAGAUCAGCUUCUCCAAGACAUGGCUUCACAAUUAUGAACAGACUGAGCAUGGAAAAUCGAACAGAACCUAUUACUAAAGACCUCGAUUUCCAGCUGCAGGACCCUUUUUUACUGUACAGAAAUGCCAGAUUGUCCAUAUAUGGGAUUUGGUUUUAUGAUAAGGAAGAAUGCCAAAGAAUUGCAGAGCUCAUGAAAAACCUAACUCAGCAGGAACAAUUCAAAGCACAGCAGGGCACAGGAACAGGAGUGUCCCCAAUGAUCAUGAAUUCUGCUAAUAACAAAGAAGUGGAUAUCUUACGGAUGCUUACCAAGGCCAAAGAUGAGUAUACCAAGUGUAAGACCUGCUCAGAGCCAAAACAAAUAACCAGUUCCUCUGCAAUCUAUAACAACCCCAACCUAAUCAAACCAAUUCCAGUGAAGCCUAGUGAAAAUCAGCAUCAACGAAUAUCUCAGCAAAGCAAGAAUGUGGAUCCUGAACCACAGCACUUGUCUUUGACAGCACUAUUUGGAAAACAAGAAAAGCCAGAUGUCUCAGAACCACUUAAUAAACAGCAUCAAGAGAAUCUUCCUGUUAGGCAGGGUGUGGUACGUUCACUGUCCUACGAAGAACCUAGCAGGCAUUCGCCCUCUGCAGAGAAACAGCUUUGCCCUGCCAUUCAGAAGCUUAUGGUGCGUGGGACAGACCUGCAUCCGCUUGCUGAGUUUCCUGAGAACCGACUCUGUGAAAAUGGCAAUAUCCACCCCGUGGGUGAGACUUUCACAGGACUCUUCCAACCUGUGACUUCUCAUGGUAUCGCAACAUCUCGUGUAGUUCAGGAUACUGCUGGCACUCAGAGCUUAUUGCAGAAAUUACAGAGUCAGUCAGGGUCAGUGGCUAAAAUGGACCCCAGUGCAACAGGAUCUGUGAACUCAACAGCUUCUGUGUUCAGCAGGACUCCUGCUGCUGUUGGAGCACCAGCAGCAACCGUAAACAAUAUGAGCCAGCCACCUUUGGUGUAUUUCAAUGGUUCCCUACCAGGCCAGACUUUAGAGUCUCAGACACUUGGUAAAGAACAAUCCAAACUUCCUAGACAGCCACUUUCUCUCUCUGGCAAUCAAGCAGCCAGUUCUGGGGUGAUUUCACCUCAAGAGUUACUGAAAAAACUCCAAAUAGUGCAACAAGAACAACAGUUGCAUGUAUCCAGCAGACCAACCUUGGCAGCUAAAUUUCCUGUUGUUACUCAGAAUUCCAAUACACUGAAGCCACUGGAUUCCUGGAUAGAAAAGGCACCGGGUACAGAAAAACAGAGCGCGCUCUUUCAGGUAAUCUCACCUCAACGCAUUCCUGCCACUGUGACUCCUACCUUGUUGAUGUCCCCGAUGGUGUUCACUCAGUCCACACCUGCUCCGCCAAAAUCAAGUGAGAGUGGGCGGUUAGCAGCAGCGAACCAAGAGCCUGCCGCUAGCUCCGCUAGCCUCCUCCUGCCACUGCAAACCCCAGAGCCACCCGUGGUUAACAGCAGCUCCAUGACAAAGAUGCAGCUGCAAGAAACACUUCUACACCUGAUCCAGAAUGAUGACAACUUCUUAAAUAUUAUUUAUGAAGCAUAUCUCUUCAGUGUGAGAAAAGCAGCAACAAAAAAGCCCAUGUGAAAGAUUAUUUUUAAAUUCAAUUUCUAUUGCUUCCUGAACUCCAGGAAAAAGGCUUCAAAUUUUUCAAGUACGUUUACGUUUGGAGAAAUGAGUGGUCUUGGGCAUUUUGCAUACACAUAGAUUUUGCUUGUUGGCAAGUACGUGCUGAGAGAGAAGUGAGCGAAAACAGAUUGUGCCUUUAGGGAGGGGAGCGUCACGAUACUGAAGACUUAAUUACAGAAUAUCUUAAAUUAUUUUUCUUAUAUUGGUCCAUACUUAGAAUUGAUUUUCCAGCACAGGGGCUGAGUUCUCAGAAUUCAGUUUCCUUUUUUACUUGCAUUGUGUUCACGCAUUGACUAGGUAUUUGUCAAGGAUUUUCUCCGAGACGUCAUAUGCAGCGGUCCCGAUGAACGUGCCCAUCCCUGACCACUUGGUGGCAAUGUUGGACUAUUUUUAGGAACGUGAAAAUCCGGGUGAAAUCUUGGAAGGGAAAGUCUUGAGAAGACUGAUGUAUCAUCGUACUUAGUUGUCUGCAAAGCAAUCUAGAUGAAAUGUCGUGACUUUCCCCCAGAUUUUUGUAGAAAAAUCUUUUUUCUAUUUUAACAAGAAUAUUUUUAGCUAGCUGUAGAAAUGGGACUCUGCAGGUGUUUUGAUGAAUUGGGGGAGGGAGGGUUUGUUUGUGAAUGUACUUGCUAUCAGUGUAGCUCUGGGGUGGCACUGGAUUCAUGUUUCUAUUAUUCCAGAUCCAAUCUGCAUUAUUAUAAGCAAUGUACAACUUCACUAAAGGGAAGGAUACCUGGCAUAAAAGUCUUAUGAAAUCUUUUUUUAGAGUGUUUCUGGAGCACAGUGAUUUCAUUGAUCCAUUUCUAAAGAAAAUAAAAUGGAUAAUCCCUACUAUGUGCUGAUUUCAUUUUAUUGUACCAUGGACUAUGUAUUUAGAAUUGUUGGGUCACUUGUAUUUGUAUGACUUCAAAAUGUUUUUACACUUGGCAGAAGACACGUGAGGUUUUAAAUCAAUUAGAAUAAAUGGCUGAAAGAAA